AUGACGGUCUUUGAGCCCAGCGCUCAAAAUUUCAUUACUCUCAAAUCAAUACCCAAGACUAUCGUCAUCACAGGCGCGUCCUCUGGAAUCGGUCUCGCGACAGCUCAACUCUUAUCGUCUCUGAACUCUCAACAUAAUCUUGUCUUGAUCGACCUCAACCCUCCUCCUCAAGCGUUCAAACACUCUGCCUCCCACUUGUUAGUCCACACUUGCAACGUUACAUCCUGGCCUGCCCAACGCGCCGGCUUCGAAGCGGCCUACAAGCGCUUCGGUAGGAUUGACUGUGUCUUCGUCAACGCUGGCAUUGCGGAGUAUGGCGAUUUGUUCUUCAAUGACGAGCUAGAUCGCGACGGAAAGUUGAAAGAGCCGGACCGGAGGGUAUUAACCCUUGACAUGGAUGCUGCCAGCGACACGACGAAACUCGCUAUCCACUACCUUCGCAAGAACCAGGAAGGUGGCGAGAUUGUACUGACAGCUAGUUUGGCGGGAUAUUUAGCGAGUGCUGGUGCGCCGCUGUACUCUGCUGCUAAACAUGGUGUGGUGGGCCUUAUGCGCGCACUCAAGCAAGAAUGCGCUAAACUAUCCAUUUCCAUCAGCGUGAUCGCUCCAGGCAUCACAACCACACCUAUUCUGACAGCUAACAACAAAAGUCUGAAUGCUUCACCAGAAGAUUAUUCUAGGGAUAUGGCUGCAAAGGGUGUGCCCAUCAACAAACCUGAGAGCAUCGCUCUUGCGGUGUGCUGGCUGUUCAACGAGCAGAGCAAAGCGAAUGGAGCGGGUUUGCUGAUCCAGGGGGAUAAGUUCGCGGACCUGGAGAGAGGAUUGGCCAAGAGCAGAGAGCAGUGGAUGGGUAAGGAGAUGUUGGCGUUGUUCAGGGGAGGGCGAGCGGCGCCGCUCUUUGAUCGUUUGGGGGCCAAGACGAAGGCUAAGAUUUGA